CGUCUGGAGCGCGUUGCGGCCUCGACGUUCGGUACCCUGGUUUCUAUUGUCCUGGUCACCUCGUCUGUAAGUGCCUCGCUCUCGCAGACCGUUACCUCUGACCCACCGGAAUUGGUUCACGGGGGCCUGUCAAAGGAAGCACAAACCUCUAUCGCUGAAUUGUUUCAACUUGUGGCCAAAGACAGCCAACUAAUAAAAGCCCAACAUGGACCCUGA